AUGUACAGUAAUGAUCCUUUUGAUGAUGGGGAAAGAGUGAAUCGUUUCUCUUCAUUUGAACAGUCGGAGCCAGCGUUUGAUGAGAGGAUGAUGGAAGAUAGACAACAAUCAUUUGGUGGUCCUUCUUCAAACUCAGCCUUGGAUCCAGCCCUUAGAGCUCUUAUUAAAUAUAGAAGAAGAAAAUUUACAGAGUCUGUGGAUGCUUGUAAUCAGUUAUUAUCCAAAAAUUAUAAGGAUAUGUCCAUGUGGUAUAUAAAAUGUAGGGCGUUGACUGCUAAAAUGUGGAUUGAUGAUACAGAAAUGGAAGAUGAAGGUAUUGCUGAUAUUUUACUUGAUGAAACAUCGGUAACAACAGCUCCUCGUCCUGGAACUUCUCUUAAAAGACCACACACUAAUUCAUCAGGCAAAAGAAGUGCCAAUCCGAGUGUCAGACCUCAAACUAAGGAUGGAAGACCAAUCACUGGUUUUUCAAGACCUGGUACCAAUAGCGGAAGAAACACUGCAAGUAGAGGUGGGACAGGAACACAAAGUAGAGGUGGAACUUCAAGUAUUGAAAAUAUAUUUAAAGGUGCAAGACCUGGAACAACAAGACCAGUUACUACAACAGGUAGAUUUGUUCGUUUGGGUACUGCCUCAAUGAAAAUAUCUGGACUUGAUCAAGAAUAUGCAAUUUCAACAGAACAUAUUGAUUUGAAAAAGUAUGCUGCUAUUCCUCCUCUUGCUAAAGCAUUGUAUGACUAUUUUAUAGUUGUGGAACAUGAUGUAAAAAAAGCAUUAGAAUUGGCUUCUUAUGCUACAAUUGAGGCUGAAUUUAAGGAUUGGUGGUGGAAGGCUCGUCUCGGAAAAUGUUACUACCAAUUGGGUUUAUUGAGAGAAGCUGAAAAACAAUAUAGAUCUGCAAUCAAGAGCCAGCACAUGAUUGCAACAUGCUUGGAAUUAGGCAAAGUUUUCCUACGAUUGGAUCAGCCUAAUAAGGCUUUAGAAGAAUACGAGUCAGCAUGUUUGAAAUUCCCAAAUGAUACACAUUUGAUACUAGGUAUUGCAAGAGUUUAUGAUAGUAUGAACGAUCUGGACAAGGCCAUUCAAUAUUAUGAAAAAGUGCUGCAUCUUAACAGUAGUAACGUUGAAAGUAUUGCUUGUUUGGCAGGUAACUAUUUCUAUGAAGAUCAACCUGAAGUAGCUAUCAGACUGUACAGAAGAUUGAUUCAAAUGGGUGUUAAUAAUUCAGAAUUGUGGAACAAUUUGGGACUUUGUUGUUUCUACGCUUCUCAAUAUGAUAUGGUAUUCUCAUGUUUUGAUAGAGCUCUCCAAUUAGCUGAAGAUAAUAAUGAAGCAGAAGUGUGGUACAAUAUUGGUCAAGUUGCCAUUGGUAUUGGUGAUGUUGGUCUUGCAUAUCAGUGUUUCAAGAUUGCCACAAGUAUUGACAAUGAACAUGCAGAAAGCUUUAACAAUUUGGGUGUUUUAGAAUUGAGAAUGGGCAAUACAGAAGAAAGUAAGAAUUACUUUGCUCAAUCAAUGGCUCUUGGACCAAGUCAACACGAACAAAUAUUCAACAAUGCCUUAUUAUCAUUCAAGAGAGGCAAUCACCAACAAGCUCACGAACUUGUAUUGAAGAUUCUGAAAGAUAUUUAUCCUGAACAUGCUGAUUCUCAGGAAUUGAGGAAGAAAUUAGAAGCCAAAUAUUUAAUGCUCUAA